AUGGUACCAGACAAUUAUACACAGAUUACUGAAUUUAUUCUUCAGGGAUUAUCAAAGGAACCCAAACUACAAACCCUCAUAUUUAGAGUUUUCCUCUCCAUGUAUUUGGUCACUGUGUUUGGAAACCUGCUCAUCAUCUUGGCCACCAUCUCAGACCCCCAUCUCCACACGCCCAUGUACUUCUUCCUGUCCAAUCUGUCAUUUGCAGACAUCUGUUUCAUCUCCACCACCAUCCCAAAGAUGCUGGUGAAUAUACAGACAGAGAGCAAAGCCAUCACCUAUGAAGGCUGCAUCACACAGAUGUAUUUCUUCCUAUUCUUCGGUGUUUUGGAUGACUUUAUACUGUCUGCAAUGGCCUAUGACCGCUUUGUGGCCAUCUGCCACCCACUGCACUACACAGUCAUCAUGAACCCCCGGCUGUGUGGGUUGGUGGUUCUGCUGUCCUGGAUCAUAAGUGCCCUGUAUUCUGUGUUACAGAGUUUAAUGGUGUUGAGAUUGUCCUUCUGCCCAGACUUGGAAAUUCCUCACUUUUUCUGUGAACUCAAUCAGAUGGUCCAGCUUGCCUGUUCAGACACAUUUGUCAAUAAUGUUGUGCUGUAUUUGGCAACUGGGAUACUGGCUGGCUGUCCUCUGGCUGGAAUCCUUUACUCUUACUCAAAGAUUGUUUCCUCCAUCCGCAAAAUCUCAUCUGCUCAGGGAAAAUACAAAGCUUUCUCUACUUGUGUGUCUCACCUGUCUGUUGUUUCUUUAUUUUAUUUUACAAUCCUGGGAGUGUACCUUAGCUCAGCUGCUACCCACAACUCACACUCGAGUGCCACCGCCUCCGUGAUGUACACGGUAGUCACCCCCAUGCUGAACCCCUUCAUCUACAGUCUCCGGAACAAAGACAUCAAGAGCGCUCUGAAGAGAUUCAUUGGGAUGGAAGCUUUGAAAGUGUCGACUUUCUUAGGACUAAAGAAGUGCUCAUUUGGUAAAUAG